AUGCGCCGUACGUUGCUGAACUCGGCGCGCGAGAAGCGCACUGUGCCCCACCCCCGCGACCGCUCGGUGCGGCAGCUGGAAAAAAAGGAGAAGCGCGCAAUCCGACUGGAAGCGCACAAAACCAAGCUCAAGAUGGAGAAAACGCUGCAGCUGAUGCGGUUUUUCUGGUUCCGGGAGCAGUGCAUUGCUCUCGGCUACACCACCACUGCCGUCCCAGAGGAGACGGUCGUGCAGCUCGUGCAGCUGUAUGUGGAUCGCAACAAGGAAGAGAUGUCGGUGCUGCGCCUGCAGCGCAACCCACCGGUGGGCCGCAUUAAGGUUCUUGAAGCAACCCUGCAGGCCGAGGAGGAUGAGCUGCACUCGGCAAAAGGGCUUCAGGUGCCAAGCAUGACGGAUGUCGAUGACGUCGAGAUAUUGACAGAGAUAUGGGACGGGGCACAGGAAACCGUUACGGUGGUGCCGCUGACCAGCAUUUCCAUGCAGCACCGUACGCCGCCGACGAAAGAGGCACUCGAGCAGCUGCUGCAGCGAUUGCGGCCGGUGGCGGACAUCCGCAAGGAGGCACCCGUGACACUGCCGAAGCGCGCUGUCAAGUUUCACGCCGCGCAGUCGCAACAGCAGUCGACCGCGCUGUCGCGCAAGAAAGUGUCCGUCAAGAAGACGGAGGACACCACGGCAAGCGUCAGGCUGCGCGUGAAAGCGCGCGAGGAGGUGAAGCAACAGAAGCGUCUCACAGCGCAGCGCAGCGCCGCAAUGGCGAGCCGUCGUGGUGUUUCGGCCGACGAAGACGCCUAA